CUUGCGCUCUUAAGCCGCACACCAACGUCAGGGCUGGUAGAGAGGCUUGGUUUUCCACUGGACGCACAUCAAUGUCCAUGCUACACCGGCGGGUCAACGUUGUCCUCCACCCUGGGUGCCGCCUAUGCCUCUUACACCUCCUGUUGAGCUUGGUAACCUCUCCAUCUCUCCAAGUCUCUUCUUCUGGCAUGGCAGGAAUGACUGGAAUGGAAUUAAAUAGAUUUGAAAUAUAGCCAGCUGGAGAGAGCUCAGUUGCUGUUGGAUUUGAAGAAUAUGGAAUUAGUCUUGGGGGAUUCUGCUUUUAAAGAAUGGAUGGCUUUAUUGAGAUUUCCCAAUAUCUCAGUCGCUGACCAGUGCUGGUCGGACAGUGUUGUUGACUGGUGAAUCGGGUUAUGUGAGAUCUGUAUUUUUAGUAACAAUCCGUGCAAUUAAUAUUUGUAUAAAGAAAUCUUGUGGAAAUAAUUAACACCUGGAAUCGAAAAUGAACUGGGCGUCCUUUUAUGCCGUCAUCAGCGGUGUAAACAGACACUCCACGGGCAUCGGUCGCAUCUGGCUCUCUGUCCUCUUCAUCUUCCGCAUCCUGGUCCUGGUGGUUGCAGCAGAGAGUGUGUGGGGCGACGAGAAGUCUGGCUUUACUUGUAAUACCCAGCAGCCCGGCUGCAACAGCGUCUGUUAUGACCACUUCUUCCCCAUCUCACACAUCCGUCUGUGGGCCCUGCAGCUCAUCUUGGUGUCCACCCCGGCCCUGCUGGUGGCCAUGCAUGUUGCCCAUCGCCGACACAUCGACAAGAAACUCUAUAAACUGUCUGGCCGGGCCAGCCCCAAGGACCUGGAGCAGAUCAAGACCCAGAAGAUGAAGAUCACAGGUGCCCUCUGGUGGACAUAUAUCAUCAGCCUGUUCUUCCGCAUCAUCUUCGAAGUGACCUUCAUGUAUCUCUUCUACAUGAUCUACCCCGGCUACAAGAUGAUCCGGCUAGUCAAGUGUGACUCGUACCCCUGCCCCAACACGGUGGACUGCUUUGUGUCCAGGCCCACAGAGAAGACUGUCUUCACUGUGUUCAUGCUGGCUGUGUCAGGGAUCUGUAUCCUGCUCAACAUCGCAGAGGUCGUCUUCCUGGCAGGGAAGGCUUGCGGUAGGCACUUAAGCAAUGCUGGAGACUCAACCAUGGGGGCAUGGAUCACCCAAAAGCUCUGCUCUUACUAGAACAAACUGAACGGACCAUGGCAGUAUAACUCUAAUUGGUUACAUAACAUGCUCAAAGCUCAAGGUAAGGGCCUUAACAACACUCAUUAAUCUGCUUACUUCACCAUGAUGAGGUGUCCACACUUUUUCCAUACUUGUUGAAAUGACACUUCAAAUGGAUGUGUUUAAAAGGACAAUAUCAAUUUGGAUAAAGACACAAGCUGGACAGAAGAGGAGACUGUACGGUAAAAGUACGGUAAACUGAUUUAUUAACGUGCCCUUAACUUGCAACGCCUCAAAUUCAGCUGAAUUCAAUAUACCGUCUUCGGUAUGCUCUGCAAGAUUCAAGCAACUAAACCAUCUCAUCAUCUAUUCUAUAUCAUGAUUUCAUUCCUGACAGCCGGUUUAAUGCGGCGUGCUUAGGACAAAGCCUGGGUAUGGGUUCAAUUGUCCAUUGUAAAUAUUAACCCAAGAAAACUGUCCAAGUGGUUGAUUUAACCAACAUCUGGUGGUUGUAGUGGAGUAUUACUAAUAACUAUGAGGCCAUUCCUAAGCACCACUAAUAACUACCUCACUUUCAUAGUGAAAUAUCAAGUGGGUGCUUCAAGACAUCUGAAUGGUGCUUUGAAUUCUAUGAAUGAGACUGAUUAUGCAAGUGUAUAGAGUAAUAUAGAAUGGAUAAUGAAUGAGAAAAUGUGCUUAACUUUCAAAGUUUAAGUUACGAUGGUAGAACCGAAUGAUCAGAGAACAUGUUUAAAUGUAUAUCUCAUUGUUUUUCUUACCAGUAUAUACAGCAUUGCUGUAUAAGGAUAAUAGAUGUUUAGAAUUUGUGGUACUGUAAAGUUUUUACUUCGUAAUAUAUAUAGCCUUUUAGUCCCUGUUUUGUUGUAUACCAUGCCUUCUUAUAUUGAAUGUCUUGCACUGGUUUUUAUUGCUGUACCUAAUAAAAUUAGAAAUUCCUAAUAAAACACUUGAGAUUAAUUAUGUACAAUAGCCACAUGGAAAUAUUAUAAUGAGGUGGUAGUGAACACAACUAUAUGCGUAUAUGCUUGUGAGUGUAUUCUGAAUGCUUUAUGUACAGAUAACUGCCAAAAUAAAGGAAACACCAACAUAAAUUGUCUUAAUAGGGUGUUGGGCCACCACGAUCCACCAGAACAGCUUCAAUGUGCCUUGGUAAAGAUUCUACAAGUGUCUGGAACUCUAUUGGAGGGAUGCGACACCAUUCUUUCACAAGAAAUUCCAUCAUUUGGUGUUUAGUUGAUGGUGGUGGAAAACGUCAUCUCAGGCACCGCUCCAGAAUAUUCCAUAAGUGUUCAAUAGGGUUGAGAUCUGGUGAGAGACACACACACACAAACACACCCUUUAAAUCCCCUAUGCUCCUUUGAGACCUCUCUUUCAGUCACAGAGAUCUCUUCUUCUAGGAUUGGCAGUCAAAACAAUGGGCAACUGGGCAUUUUUAUACAUGACCCUAAGCAUGAUGGGAUGUUAAUUACGUAAAUAAACUCAGGAACCAGAUGUGUGGAAGCAUCUGCUUUCAAUAUACUUUGUAUCCCUCAUUUACUCAAGUGUUUCCUUUAUUUUGUAUGUGGUCUUGCGUUACAAGGUGAUGUUACCUUUAUGUAAUACUUCAGAAAGCCACAGGAGAGCAGCAUUAACAUAUAACAUAUACAACUAAGCCAAAACAUUAGGUACUAAUUGUUUAUAGAUUCUCUGCUGUUAUGGUCAUCAAUUGACAGUGCCAUUGAGUAAGAAUUGAAGGGGGGAAAAGUUUUAAUUCAUAGAUUUAUUUUUUAAACACAAUCAAAUAAUGAUUGAGGUAGGCUGUAAGUUCUCGUGAGCAGUCAGACCGCCUGUGAGGAAAUGUCUGAGGCAGCCUCAGUGAUUAAAGACUCCAGACAGGCUGGGUAGAGUGCAUGGUCCCAGGUUAUCAAUAGCAUAGCCUUGUGAGGGGUCAGCCUCUCUGAGCCUAAGAAAUAUUCACCGUUGGGACAGCUGGACCUAGCAGGGGCAAGUGUGAGGGCAUUUCUCUUUUUCUAGAGCACGUCAAUAGAGACCAUAUAUAGAGUCUAUGAGGUGUGAGGUCUGACAGAAGGAAGACAUUUAAUCACAAUGAUUUUCACUGUUCGCUAUGUAUAGCGCCACUAAAUGUAGAUGUUAUCUGGAGUUAUUGCUAUCAGACACUUUGCUUUUAACAAGCUGGACAAAUACAGCAAAUGUUGGUCAUAUGAAGAGCUUCAUUCCAAAAUGGUAUAUAUCCACUUUCAGAAAUGUUGUCAAAUUAGCUUUAAUUGUCUAAAGAAAUUCUGAAAGAAAUGUGUUUUUUCACUGUCUAAUCAAGGCAUGGGGUUCAAUAACAGACAUGUAUUUGUUUAAAAUCUAUCACUUGAUGGUUUCAUUUCAAAAAGAUAAAUAGUCAUGGUUUUUUGCAAAAUACUAUAUAUCCACCUCACUCUCAGAGAAAUAUGUACUGCUAGGUUUUAAACAGUCAAAUGUAACAAAUAUCUAAAUUUUGUGACUUCAAUAUAAUUAUUAUUUGAUCUGUUUGUAAAAUAUUUAAAUUUGACAUUUUAGUCAUUUAGCAGAUGCUCUUAUCCAGAGAGAUUUAUAGUAAAUGCAAAAAAAAAAGAAGUAAAAUCUAUUAAUUAAAAAUCGGAGAACAGUCAUGUUUUACACACACAAACGUACCCAUAAGCAAUAAUUUCUGAUGAAAAAACACAAAUGUGAAAGAACUGUGGAUAUAGCGUUUUGGAAAUAAACUCUUCAUAUGGUUAGCAUUCAUACUGUGCCUUUCAAAGUGCCAUAUGUGCUAUGUGUUCUCUGUUGACUUAUCUGACUUUACAAUUGGAUUCUUAAAGGGGUAUGAUUUCAUCACUACAAUAAACCGAGGUCAUUUUA